AUGAAGUCUCUCCUCCUCCCUCUUCUCUGCGGCGCAGGCGCAGGCGUAGUAGCAUCAGCACACUCGCAACACCCCAGCGCCCCCCAACAACAAUCCAAAAGCUUCUUCCGCCAAAUCGGAAAUUCAACAUGGAUUCUAGGAAACUCGCUCUGGAACGUAACGCAAAACGCACAGUAUGCGAAUAAAUUAAUGUAUAAAGGAAAAGAUCGUGUGGGCGAAGCCGUGGGACAUUAUGUUAGUUACAACGGCGCAGCAUCCGACCUCCGCUGGACCACCGCCUCGAUCGCCUCUUCGGGCCCAAACUGGCUCGACAUCCGCUUCAGCGCCACAGAAGGCGAUUUCCACUGGGUCCUCCACGACGACCUGGCGGGUGCAUACCAAUACUUCGUCAACCGCGCUCUGCCCACUUUAGGUGAAUUCCGCACCUUGUGGCGCCUCUCCAACACCUCCUUCCCUUCGGCUUCCACAAACGUGAAAUCCGGGGCCUUGCCCCCGUUCUCGGCGUACCAGAGCGCUACGAAUGUGCAGGACGAGACGUGGCAGCAAAGCGAUGGCACGUUUUUGACGAAAUACGACUGGGCUGCUUUUCUGCGCGAGCAGACGGCGUAUGGGGUUUGGGGGGAGGAGGUGGGGAGUUGGUAUUUGCAUCCUGGAAAGGAGUAUUUGAAUGGAGAUCACUUGAAGCAGGAGUUGAUGGUGCAUCGGGAGUCAAAGACGGGGGAUACGGUGCAGUUGAAUAUGCUGCAUGGGACGCAUUAUCAAGCUUCAUCACGGGAUUCAUUUGCCACAGGGGAAGGUGAUGCUAGGAUUUGGGGGCCGUGGCUGUGGUAUUUGAAUGAUGGGAGUCGACAAGAUGCUGCGAAGCGGUGGGAAAGAGAGGAGAGAGAGUGGCCGUAUGCGUGGUUCAACAAUACAGCAUAUCAGUCUCGAGGCGCGGUUCAAGGAAAGUUGCUGCUGAGUGAUGGACGGCCUGCGGCUGGUGCAGCAGUGUUUCUAGGGGACAACCGCAACGAGACGGUGUCGACGCUGGAUCAGGGACAGAACUAUUACUACACGGCCUACGCGGAUGAUACGGGCGCGUUCCGUAUACGUGACGUACGAUCGGGCACGUAUGCGUUGUAUGCGUGGGGAAACGGCAGUCCGAUUGCAGAUGUCAUAACGAACUUUACGCACAACGAUGUCGAAAUUGUAAAGGAGAAGACGACAAUGUUACCGUCACUUACCUGGCCCGUUACGAACAAAACAAAACGCAUCUUUCAAAUCGGAGAUUUCGACCGCAAAACAGAUGGAUUCUAUCUAGCAGACGGGGCGAUUCCAGUCCAGCACGCUCGCAUAGAUAAAUGCCCCGCCAAUCUCACGUACACCGUCGGUACCAGCACACCAUCAAAGGAUUGGUGUUUUGGCCAAUCUAAACUGGGGACUUGGUCGGUUUCCUUUUCGGCCUUCUCUGCCAAUAGUACUGCUGCUAGACUUGUUGUAUCUCUUGCCGGCUUUUCCCAAGGAUCCAGCGCUGACAUUUUGCUCAACGAGGCUAAAAUCGGUAAUAUCACCAGUGCCAGCUUGGCUAAUAGCCAGGAUACGUAUCGUGGUGCUACGAGGGCCGGGGAGUGGAGACGCUUAGAGUUUGGAGUUCCGCGGGGGCUUCUCAAAGAAGGGCAGAAUAGGCUAGACGUCAGGGUUACUAGAAGCACGCAGUGGAGGGGAUGGCUGUGGGAUAGUCUGGUUUUGGAAGCUGUGUAG